CCGACGGCCAUUUGUGUAGCCGCGCUGGAGCCGCCGCUGCCCUCAUUUGGCCCGUGGCCGCCGCGGUGAGGAGCCGGCUGGGUUGGGGCCGGCAGCGCGGAUCUGCUCCCCGCCCCGCGGAGCUCUGGGCGCUGCUACUGCCGCCGCGACCCCGCCCGAGGAGCAGGAGGACCAGGAGCGGGGCCUGCGGCUUCCAGUCCGGCCGGAGGCGGCGGCGGCGGCGCAGGGAGGGACCCGGACCCGGACCCGGCGGCGCUGCUCGGCUCGGCUCCCCGAUGGCCGCGGGCUGCAGGGACGGGCCGGGGCAGGAGAAGUAUCGGCUGGUGGUGGUGGGCGGCGGCGGCGUGGGCAAGUCGGCGCUCACCAUCCAGUUCAUCCAGUCCUACUUUGUCACGGAUUAUGAUCCGACAAUUGAAGACUCUUACACCAAACAGUGUGUGAUAGAUGAGAAAGCAGCACGGUUGGACAUUCUGGAUACAGCAGGACAAGAAGAAUUUGGAGCUAUGCGAGAACAGUAUAUGAGGACUGGGGAGGGCUUUCUCCUUGUCUUCUCAGUCACUGAUAGAGGAAGUUUUGAAGAAAUCUACAAGUUUCAAAGGCAGAUACUUAGAGUGAAAGACCGUGAUGAAUUUCCUAUGAUUCUAGUUGGUAACAAAGCAGAUCUGGAUCAUCAAAGACAGGUAACACAAGAGGAAGGCCAGCAACUAGCACGACAGCUUAAAGUAACUUAUAUGGAAGCCUCAGCAAAAAUACGAUUGAAUGUAGACCAAGCCUUUCAUGAACUUGUCAGAGUUAUAAGAAAAUUUCAAGAACAAGAGUGCCCUCCUUCACCAGAACCAACACGGAAAGAAAAAGACAAGAAAGGCUGUCAUUGUGUCAUUUUCUAAGAAUCUCAUGAAUCAAGCUAUCAACUGCCAGAUUAAUUUUUCUUUCCACCAUUUUGCAUCACUUUGGGUAUGUCUAGCCUUUUGUGCCAUGUCCUAUAAAUGGCCACCAAAAUAGCCUUAGUCCAAGAAGCUGGCUGAAUACAGUCCUAGAAGACAACUAGUCAUCUUAGGGCAGACUUCAAAGCAAAACACUAAGGCUGCUUCUUUAAAAUCACAGUUCCUAUUUUUGCUCCCUUUAAGAGCUUGCACCUUGUGGAAUUUUAUUCAUAAAGGAGAUGAAACAAAACCUAAGAGGACAAGGUGUUCAAGUAAAGCAUAAAAGUUGUCUUAUGUUAAUUUAUUUUUCACUUCUGACAUUUCAUUAGCUACUAUCAAGGAGACCUCUAAUCAAAGUGUAAAGUGUAUUUAAUAAAAAAGUGUAUUGGCUUUUUGCCCUUCAGUUAAAUUAGAGUUCAGCUAGCCUUAAGAAACCAACACUGAAUUUCUUUGUCAGCAAAAAUGUUUCAGCUCUUGUUUAUGCUUCAGCUUUUUUUCCAGUGGCCAAAAGUCUACUUACUGUAUUUAUUUUAUGGAUCCAGAAUAGCUACAGGAUUAUUACUACUAUUAUUAUAAUGUGGCCAAAUACCUGGGCUCAUUCUGGUCUAGCCAUUUCAGUUUAUUAGAAAAAUUUCACAUUGUUGGGGGGGAAAAUUCAUGUGUCUUCCUUUGAUGUAUUUCUGGGUAAGGGAUUAAAGAAAACUAAAAUUGUAGCUGUUUUUAUUUCAUGUAAUAUAAAAAGAUGGAUUUGAUCUUUCCAAUGUCAGAGAUGAUUAAAUGUUUUUGCUAUAUACUUUUAUACAUUAUUUUCUUAUCAAACUAGUUAACAAGUAUUUUUAUAUGUUUGUAAGCAAAUAUGCUUUCACAGCAUAACUUGUGUAUAUGUAAAGAUGAAUAUUUAAUUCACGGUUCACGUUUAACUGACAAAAUAAUGCGGGAUAGGCUGAACUGUGGUAGAACUUCUUGCUGGGUACAACCAGAACAGUAAUGGCCAAUCAUGUGCCGGCCCAACUUACCUAUAAAAAGUAAAGUUUGGCAUGCUUUCAAGUAAAGUUUAGUAUCCCUUAUGAAAGACUGACCAUUAUGUGAACUAUAUUAAACUGUAAGACUUUUAAAUGACUGUUUAGUUUAACUGUGGAUGGUUUAUGAAUUUUGAGUUCUGUGGAUUGUGUUUAAACAAUUCAAGAGUAUGUUCCCUGACUCUGAAAUACUAAGUGGUAUUGCACAGUUGUCACCUUAUUGAAUGUGUCCAACAGUUCUAUGGAGUUUGGUUAUUAAGCAUACCUUUGUAUAACUUGAGGUGCUAGAAUUAAAGAUGAUCUAACCAUUAUCAAGAGGUAAGCACAUUGCACCUUUGUUUGUCUUUUAAAAAACUGAAUCUCUCCUUGGGAGAAAGGGUUAACAAUAGCUGGAAGGGGGGUAGGACAAUACAGGCAAACUUUUACAUACUUUCAGCCUGACAAGAGCUUGAAAUUUGGCCUACAGUGAUAUAACCUGAAUGGACUUAAAAGCAUCUAAGUAGAAAUGGCUUCCUGAUUCAACCGAUGCUGUGACCAGCGGCUGACACCCGAGGACUACAGAAUGAUAGUUCACAAAAUAGACCAUUCAAAAUAAACUUCUUGUACUUGGCUAUGUUUUGGCAUAUGCUAAUUGUUGAUUGCUCUGCCAAUAAAAAAAAUUCUAUAA